CACAACAAAACCACAACAACCACACAAUGUCGGCCUUCCCGCAAGCCCUGAAACCCGCAGCGAGGUCAGCCUACCGCGCCGUCCUGCGCGCGUCGCGGCAAACGUUCCACGCCGACCCCGCGCGCCACUCGGCAAUGGUGACCACCGCGCGGGGCGUGUUCGCCAGCCCGACAUUGACGGGGGACAAGCCGCCCCCUCCGCCGCUCGAGGGCCCGGCGCCCGACCUGUCGAGCGAGGCCGAGCUCGCCAAGCGGAUCCAGGAGUGGAAUGAGGUCGCGCUGUUCUUGCGGCGGAACGUCGUGCAGGGCCGGCUUGACGAGAGCUCUGGCACAUACAAGCUCCGCGUCACGCACGACACCGAGAUUGGCGACAACGAGGAUAUCAAGAAGCCCGCGGUCCUGCCCGUCACGCCGUUCCCCAACCGCGGCAAGCGGAGGCGGGGGCAGGCCGCCCAGGAGCAGCCCAAGUGCGGCGAGGCGUGAGCACGCCGGCUCGUUCGAUAGCUAGCUACAGCUACAUCGCCGGCUCGGCGGCACGGAUAUCCUGCAUGGCAUGCACC